AUGACAAACCUGAAGCCCAUUACCGUCUGGCUCACCCCUUCCGGUCCCAACCCAUGGAAGGUCAUCGUCAUCCUCGAAGAACUCAACAUCCCCUACAAAAUCAAAUCCUUCGGAUUCGAAGACGUCAAGAAACCCCCAUUCAUUAGCAUUAAUCCCAAUGGCCGUGUACCGG